AUGGUGCCGGCAUCCCCGGCGGGCUCCGACAACACAACGCUGGACCGGAUAGAGGAGGAACUGAGGAGCCUCACCGCAUCCAUGGUCACUAAGGCUGACCUCCACACCCUUACAGCUGCCAUUCAGGAGACUCUGAGGGAAGAGAUGGCGGGAAUCAUGUCAGAGGUCACAGCACAGGCGGGCCACAUCCAGGCACUUGAGCAGGCUGCUGAGGUUCACACCACCAAGCUUACAGCCACAGACUUGGCAGUAGCUCGACAGGGGGAAGUUCUCCUGGCUCUCCGCAGGCACAUGGAAGAUCUGGACAACAGGGGGGAAGAAAAUACAGAAAACCCUCACAGAGCUGUUUCAAUCACUGCUGCCAGCAACUCCCCUCCAGCGCUUCAAAUUUGA